CGUUAACUCUCUUUUCCUGUAAUUUCCCUUGACUUCGUUGGCUUCGUUUACAUCAAGUUUUGAUUAAAUCACGAUUUGGUUUUUACAUUAUUGCUUGGUUCUACUGGGGUUCUUUAAAUUCAUCAUCUUCUAGUUAUCACUGGUACAUCUCGUUAGCUCAAUAGGCUAGAUUGACAUAGAUAAGUUCGGAAGUUGUCUUUUCCUCUGAGCCCACGGAUUACUACUCGACUCAUAACAGCGUUAUCCUUUCCCAGGAAAGUCAAUAGCAUUCAUUCGUUGAAAUCUUUUCAUCAAGCCAUCGGACUAUCCUUCAUAUAAAAUCUCCCUUCGCAUAAAAAUCCAUAAUAAGUAAAGUAAUUGCAAAAUGACUGAUUCCAAUAAAGAUAAAUCAAUUAGUUCUGAACAAGUAUACUCAGAAGACUUGGACCAUGAUAAUAGCAGUAUUGUUUCCCGUGUGGUCAAUUCAUUCAAACCGGCAGCUGUCAAACCAGAUCUGGACAUUUCACAAAUGUCCGACUUGGAAAAAGCAAAUUAUUUUGCUUCUCAUCAACCUCUUCAACAAUCUCUUAAAAGUCGUCAUCUUUUUUGGUUGGCCAUUGGUGGGGUUCUUGGUUCAGGAAUCUUUGUCAGUAGUGGUUAUAACUUAUCAAUUGCAGGUCCCGGUGGACUUUUGGUUGGUUACGUGAUUGUUGCUUAUGCCAUUCUUUGUGUUGUAUUAUCAUUAGCCGAAAUCGCAACUCAAUUUACAGUGGCCGGUUCCUUCAUUUCUUUAUUUGGUAGAUUUUUAAGUCCUGCUUUUAAUUGGGUUUUUGGUUUGGUUUACGCCCUUUCUUGGCUUAUCUCUUUACCUUCAGAACUUGUGGCCAUUGCUUUAACUAUUCAGUACUGGAAUGAUUCAAUUAGUCCUUCAGUUUGGGUGGCUAUUUUUUAUGUUUUAAUAGUCGUUAUUAAUUUAUUCGGUGUUAAAGCUUGGGGUGAAACCGAAUUCAUCUUAUCCAUCAUCAAAGUUCUCGCAGUGAUUGGUUUUAUCAUAUUAGGUAUUUGCAUCAUUUGUGGUGUUGGUGAUCAAGGUUAUAUCGGGGCAAGAUAUUGGCAUAAUCCGGGGUCUUUUAACAACGGGUUCAAAGGAGUUUGUUCGUCAUUUAUAAGUGCUGCUUUCACUUUUGGUGGUACUGAAUUAGUAGCAAUUGCAAGUAGUGAAACUAAAAAUCCUCGUAAAUCUUUACCAAAAGCCACCAAACAAGUUUUCUGGAGAAUUACCUUAUUUUAUAUUGUUUCAGCCAUAAUCAUUGGCUUUUUGGUUCCUUCAAAUGAUGAUUUAUUACUAAAUGGAUCUGGUGUUUCAGCUUCUCCUUUUGUGAUUGCUGUUUCAAAUGGUGGAAUCAAAGUUGUUCCUCAUAUAAUGAAUGCUGUUGUCUUAUCAGCUUCAUUUUCAGUGGGUAAUUCUUGUGUUUAUGGUUGUUCCAGAGUUUUGGCCUCCAUGGCUGUUCAAGAACAGGGUUUCUUACCUCGUAUAUUUGGUUAUGUUGAUAGAAAAGGUAGACCUUUGGUUGCAAUCAUCUUUACUUGCUUAAUUGGUUUAUUAGGAUUCUUAGUUGAAUCUGCUAAUGAAGGUACUGUAUUCACUUGGCUUUUCUCAGUUUGUUCAUUAUCUUCCUUUUUCACCUGGGCUGCAAUUUGUGUCACUCAUAUUAGAUUUAGAAGAGCGUUGUAUAUUCAGGGCAGAAGCUUAGAUGAAGUCAUUUUCGUUUCCCCAAUGGGUCUUGUGGGCUCAAUCACUGGGGUUAUUAUCUUGGGCUUAAUCAUCAUCGCUGAAAUUUGGAUUUCCAUUUGGCCAAUUGGACAAAGUGCGUCUGUUUCUACUUUUUGGCAAAAUUGUCUUAGUUUACCUUUGAUGAUUGUAAUGUGGUUCAUCUACAACAUUUAUAACAAGUCCUUCUCCCCAUUGUUGAUUGAUUUGAAAGAUAUUGAUUUGGAUUCUGGUAGAAGGGAUUGGGAUGUUGAAUUAUUGAAACAAGAGCUCGCAGAAGAAAGACUCCAAUAUCAAUCUAAACCAUUUUAUUAUAAACUAUAUAAAUUUUUCUGUUAA